AUGUCGCAGGAGCUUCCAAUCCCUCCACGGGAAGAGAUAUCUAAAGCCAAUCCUCCAACAGAUCUAUCAUCGAUUAAAGGCUUUACUUGGUGGAGGAGAACCUUAGCAUACCAAACUGGGCUUGGACUAACACCCGAAGAAAAGUUACGAUAUGAAAAUGAUUACAAAUAUGUUGUUCAGCGUGAUCAAUGCAAUAAAUGUUACGAGCAUAGAGAUUGGCUACUCAAGUACUCUCCUACAGUGAUUUUCAUGGCUCAACAAAUAGCCAAGUUGAAUAAAACGCAAACGAAUAACGAGGAGUUGAAGUUUGACGAGUCAAAAAUAAUUUGCGACGUAUGCCCAGAUUGGAAGUCAGGAGGGUUCCAUCCUGAUUUGGGUAUUUUAAUUUGCCAAAACCGUAUUCGUGAUAAAUGGCAUUUAGAGGAUACAUUGUCUCAUGAGUUGGUCCAUCAAUUUGAUAAUCUAAAGUUCGACGUUGACUGGCUUAAUCUCAAGCAUCAUGCAUGUUCAGAAAUCAGAGCUUCUAAUUUAAGUGGGGAAUGUAGAAUUAUGCAAGAAUUCUCAAGACGUGGGUUUGGAUUUACCAUUGGGAAAGGCCAUCAGGAAUGUGUGAAGAGACGUGCUACCUUAAGUUUAAUGGGGAAUCCUAACUGCAAGGACCAAAAGCAUGCUGAAAAUGUUGUAGAAGAGGUGUGGGAAUCGUGUUUUAAUGAUACAAGACCGUUUGAGUCGAUAUAUAGGUGA